AUGUCGCAGGAGCCGUUGCACGUAGCUCGAUUGUCCGAGGAUGCGAUCCAAGACCGCACCGUGAUAGACAGUGAGCAGGGAUCUGCAACGGCUCGUCAUUCGUCGCGAAGGCCACCGUUGAGGACUCGUCCGCAGCCGUGGCAUCCAUAUGGCCCUGUAGAACCGCCGAUGGAGUCGUCCUCUUCACGGUCGAUUGGCGUUCAUUCUAUUUUGAACCCCCCGGCACAACCAGAGGACCAGGCUGACAGCAGUCGAGAGAAACAUAGCGGGCCGGCACCCUCUUCUCCUCGUCCACGCAAAGGUUCUUCUCCAGCACCUCGCGCCAUGCAUCCUCUCGUACAACAACCGUUGUCUCCCAGGGCUCGUGGUCAUUCGAUGGUGAACCCAGGCUCACCUUCGGCACGAUUUGUCGGUUCUGGAGGGCGAAGUGGACGAUCAAGCGUUUCACACUCACCGCUUGUUCCUCAUGAGCCUCCUCUGGGGAUACGUCAGACGCCGGCCAGCUCGCCGAUGUCUCUGGAUUCCACACUUCGUCCUAUCACUUCAUUACCAGGUACCCAGCCACCCGUGUCGGCAUCGCUGCACUCAACACCAAGCGUGCAGUCGAGGCAAGCAAGCACUGGUCUUGGACCAUUAACAACGCCUGUCUCCCAAGAACCAAGUCCUACGACACCCCAUUCUUCAUACACUUUCGGCCGUGGCUCUCCCGCCGCGCCGAAUGUCUCCAUGGCCCCAGCACCACCUGUCUACGCGGUCCCAUCCGGCCCAUCAGUCCCGUACAUGACAAUGGAAUCCCUCAAUCGCGGCAUCCCUGCAGCGUCCGGGCCUCGUAUGAGCGAGAUAACCGCCGUCCCCUCCCGGGGCCAGGGAAUUCCUCUCUCCCCCGAAGCCCCAGGCAUGAUCCCCUGCUUCGUGGACCUGAAAUCCGGCUCCUCCAGCCAAGCCGAGAAGCGCAAAGCCAACAGCGAUGCCUCGCGCCGGUUCCGCAACCGCAAGCGCAAUGAGAUGCAGCUGGAAGCCCGCCUAACGGCGCAGCAAGACGAGAUCCGCGCUCUGCUCCAGCAGCGUGACCACUACCGCUCCGAACGAGACUUCUUCCGCGAGCAACUGAGCCGCUCUGUCCCCUUGUCCCAAUUACCACCCAGGCCGUCUUCGCCGCGAGCUGCACCUUCGACGCUCGUCCUGGGCUCGCCGAGCGAUACGCCGUCUGCCCCGGUCUGGUCGGGCUCGGAGAUAGCGCGGGGCACGCAGACGCCCGCUACGCCUUCAGCCCAGCGGGGUUUGGAGCCUGCUCGGCCGCAGAGUGGUUGGCCUGGAUCAUCGCUGAGUCGAGAUAUCGCACCUUCGGGGCCAUCAGUUGCUGGUGGGCCAUUGCCUCCGUUUCAAGGGUCUACUUGGUCGCGGCAAUAG